AUGCCGGAGGCGACGCUGACGCCGCUGCCUGUGCAUGCGAUCGAUGUAUCGACGAAACAUGUGAUGGCCCUUACCGGUGCCAACAUUCUUGUAUACGACCGCGCCUCAGGUGCUUUGCAUGCCUCGUUAGAGGCCCACAUUGACGCGGCGCCGCAUGAUGGGCCGAUUGUCAACGUAGCGCAUUUCCCUCGUCUGUGUGCCUUCUCGCCCAGUGGCGACUAUGUUGCUGUGGCAUCGGACGACAAGAUAUUGCGUGUAUGGCAUGUAGACCACCUGGCCUAUGGCGAAGAAGUGAUGCUGCAGCGCCUCGCGAAGCGGGCUGGUACGCUGCAGUGGACAUGCUAUGCGGACCAUGGCGAAGAGGUCGUGGUCGCCGAUAAAUUUGGCGACGUAUGGAGUUUCCCGUUAGACCUAACACAGCCCGUCAUUUCUCUCGAUGCGUUGGCAGAGGUCAAUGCGGAUGCGGAUACGAGCGUGUCUGCAUGGCAGCCGCGCCUGGGCCAUGUGAGUAUGGUGACAUGCUUAGCCUUCUUGGGCGAGGAGGGCCACGUGCCUCAUACGAUCGUGACGUGUGAUCGUGACGAGCAUAUCCGUCUCUCACGGUGGGGUCCACACCGUGCGGCGUACGUGGUCGAGUCGUACCUGCUCGGCUCCCGUAGCUGCGUCGGUGCGUUAGCCGUCCUACCUGCUGCGUCGGCAUCGCAGGCCGGCUUGCCUGCGCACGACAAGCCUGUGCUCAUUACCAGUGAUGGCGGAGCUUGCCUGCGCGUAUGGUGUGCGACGGCACAAGGCGCGUACCAGCUGCAUGCGACUGUACAUCUGACAGCCACACCGCUGCUGGAGCAUGUCACGAUCGAUGCGGGUGUGGAGCGCCGUCGUGAGAAAGCAGCGUCGAAUCUGGCGUUCCAGGGCGUGUUUGAUCCUAGCGAGCCGGAGCCUGCUUCCAAGCGUACGAAGCGCUCGGACGGCCAAGACGAAGCCUCUUCGACGCCGACUAGCGGCACAACGCUGGUCAUCCAGCGUCUUGUGCCAUACACCUAUCAAAACCGCACGUGGCUCCUUGUAUGUGUGGAGGGCGCAGAUGCUGUGUACAGUGUCGCCCUGGAUCAAUUGCAGGCCGACGCCACAGACAUGGAGCCUGUCACGAGCAUGGUAGGCGCGCCUGUGCUUGGCGCAGCCCUAGCCUCGACCUCGGAUGGCGUGCCGGAGCUCUGGGUCUGCUGUGACGAUCGUGCGGGUCUCGGGUGUGCACCGCCGGUGCGUCGCCUUGUAUGGAAGGACGACAAGUGGGUCAUGGUGCCACCCCCCUCGGGCGACGUACGUGCCCUCAUGGACGCCGAGACGGCUUCAGAGACGCAGACGGUGGACAAAGUGCCUCAGCCAGCGCAGGGCGCAACCUUGGUCGCGGUGCCGCAUACACCUCGUGCGCUAGCACCACCAGCGACGUUGUCCAAGUUGUGCCUGUAUUCGCAAAUCAUGACAUGGCCCAAGCCGCCGCAGAACAAUGCGGAUGGCUCUCCUUUCCCGAGCUCUUUCCUGGCACAGCGCUCGGAGCAAGUCGCACGCGAUAUGGUCGAGCGAUUCCAAGCGGGCAAACGCGCUGCAGGGCGUGCGAAGAACCAGCAGAGCAUCCAACAGCAGUUUGGCUUCGGCAUCAACUGCUCUGCCACGUAG